CUUCUCGGAGGGGAGAGGAACAUGUUCAACGUGGAGGCCCUGGAACGGGUGGAGCUGUGCGAGAGUCUCCUCACUUGGAUACAGACGUUUAAUGUGGAAGCGCCAUGCCAGACUGUGGAAGAUUUAACGAAUGGGGUUGUGAUGGCCCUGGUGCUUCAAAAGAUAGAUCCUGCGUAUUUUGAUGAAAAUUGGCUGAACAGGAUCAAAACUGAAGUUGGAGACAAUUGGAGACUAAAGAUAAGCAAUUUAAAGAAAAUUUUAAAAGGAAUUCUGGAUUAUAAUCAUGAGAUUUUAGGGCAGCAGAUUAAUGACUUCAUACUUCCUGAUGUUAAUCUGAUUGGGGAAACCUCAGAUGCUGCCGAACUUGGAAGGAUGCUUCAGCUCAUUUUGGGGUGUGCUGUGAACUGUGAACAGAAGCAAGAGUACAUCCAAGCCAUUAUGAUGAUGGAAGAGUCUGUUCAGCAUGUUGUCAUGACAGCCAUUCAAGAGCUGAUGAGUAAAGAGUCACCAGUCUCUGCUGGAAAUGAUGCUUAUGUUGACCUCGACCGUCAGUUGAAGAAAACCACAGAAGAGCUAAAUGAAGCUUUAGCAGCCAAAGAAGAAAUUGCUCAGAGAUGUCAUGAAUUAGAUAUGCAGGUUGCAGCAUUACAAGAAGAAAAAAGUAGUUUACUAGCAGAGAAUCAGGUGUUAAUGGAAAGACUAAACCAGUCUGAUUCUAUAGAGGACCCUAACAGCCCUGCGGGUCGGAGGCAUCUGCAGCUACAGACUCAGUUGGAGCAGCUCCAAGAAGAAACAUUCAGAUUAGAAGCAGCGAAAGAUGAUUAUCGAAUACGCUGUGAAGAGUUGGAAAAGGAAAUUGCGGAACUGCGGCAGCAAAACGAAGAACUUUCGACUCUGGCAGAUGAAGCUCAGUCUCUGAAAGAUGAGAUAGAUGUACUUAGGCAUUCUUCAGAUAAAGUGGCUAAGCUGGAAGGUCAAGUGGAGUCGUAUAAAAAAAAGCUGGAAGACCUUGGUGAUUUGAGGAGGCAGGUGAAACUCUUAGAAGAGAAGAACACAAUGUACAUGCAGAAUACUGUAAGUUUGGAAGAAGAGCUAAGAAAAGCCAAUGCAGCACGCAGUCAGCUUGAAACAUAUAAGAGACAGGUAGUGGAAUUACAGAAUAGAUUAUCUGAGGAAUCUAAGAAGGCAGAUAAAUUAGAUUUUGAAUAUAAACGGCUAAAAGAGAAGGUUGACAGUCUUCAAAAAGAAAAGGAUAGGUUAAGAACAGAAAGAGAUUCUCUUAAGGAAACCAUUGAAGAACUUCGAUGUGUACAGGCCCAAGAAGGGCAGCUCACUUCUCAAGGAUUGAUGCCCCUAGGAAGUCAGGAAUCUUCCGAUAGUCUAGCUGCAGAAAUUGUUACACCUGAAAUCAAGGAGAAACUUAUCCGUCUUCAGCAUGAGAAUAAGAUGCUGAAACUUAACCAAGAGGGUUCUGAUAAUGAAAGGAUCGCCUUAUUACAGAGCUUACUCGAUGAUGCAAAUCUACGAAAGAAUGAACUGGAGACUGAAAAUAGGCUGGUGAAUCAAAGACUUCUAGAGGUUCAAUCUCAAGUCGAAGAACUGCAGAAAUCCUUACAGGAGCAAGGUUCUAAAACAGAAGAUGCUAUUUCCGUUCUUCUGAAAAAGAAGCUUGAAGAGCAUCUUGAGAAACUUCAUGAAGCCAACAAUGAACUGCAGAAGAAACGAGCUAUUAUCGAAGAUCUGGAGCCAAGAUAUAACAAUAGCUCAUUAAAAAUCGAAGAAUUACAAGAAUCUUUACGGAAGAAAGAAGAGGAAAUGAAGCAAAUGGAAGAGCGGUAUAAGAAGUAUUUAGAGAAGGCCAAGAGUGUUAUCCGUACUUUAGAUCCUAAACAGAAUCAAGGAGCAGCUCCUGAAGUACAGGCCCUGAAGAAUCAACUCCAGGAACGGGAGCGAAUGUUUCAUUCACUAGAGAAAGAAUAUGAGAAAACAAAAAGUCAAAGAGAGAUGGAGGAGAAAUUUAUUGUCAGUGCCUGGUAUAAUAUGGGAAUGACCCUACAUAAAAAAGCAGCCGAAGACAGACUCGCUAGUACGGGUUCAGGGCAGUCCUUCCUGGCUCGGCAAAGGCAGGCCACCAGCACCAGAAGAUCCUACCCCGGCCACGUGCAGCCGGCCACGGCCAGGACUGUUUGACUGUCUAGGGAAGAAAAGUCUGAAUGUGUCUGUCUUCUAAUUUUUGACUUUCUAUAAAGCAUAUUUAAAUAAUCCGGUGUAUGCUCCUUUUAUUGAAAUUGUUGACAACAUUUGUCAGUUUUAGGGGAUUAUUUUUCAAGAGGAAAACAUUAGGAUCGAAUGCCUAAUUUUCUACAAGUUUAAACGAUAUACUGGUGAGACAGAAUUUCUCAGCAGUGUCAAAAUGAUCAGGUUAAAGUAAAACAGCAGUAAUUUUCCACCAAAAGGAAGUGACCGUGUUUUUUUUAAUAAAAUGCAGACAUGUAUAGCGUAUCGUGAUGCUUCUGUAUGAAACGUUUAAAAAUGUUGUAGGGAAGGACAGUCAGGUUUAGCAGUGGAUAUAAGAAUGUAAUUAUCAGCUAAGUUGAAGCUUACGAAAUGGAUCUAAAACUAUAUUUAGAGUGGUCCAGAUUCAUAUUCUUCCCUCUGUCUUCAGUGACAUAAGUGAAUUAGUUGUCUCUCUCUCCCUCCAUCUCUGCCCAAAAAGAAAAGAUGGUAGCAUAAGAAUUUUGGUUAUCCUGUGACAAGGUAUCCUUCCGACCUACUGCUGUAACCCUCUACCUUUGGCAUUACCCCAAAGUAGAUGAGUGACAGAUGCUGGUAUUAGAGCAGACUAUCAAGGCUUUCGGUGAAACCAUCCACAUUAGAAGUGCAGCCCUUACAACGCACACAGCCUUUUUGCGCGAGCUGUCAUCUUUGCUCCAUCAGUUCAUCCUUGAGAUACUGAGAUUGUAAUGUGCGCAAUAAAAACAAGUGACAGUAGUGUGGACUGAGAUGCCUGGAAUCAAUUUAUAAACUCCAGGCUAAGAAUUUGGAUGCUGGGUACUGGAGCCUGCCCGGCCAAGCGUAAGGACUUCUGUCUUCAUUCUCUUUGUUUAGUAGGGCACCCAUCCAGAUCUUGUGUCUCCUUUUCAUCCCCCAGUAUUCACAAUUUGUCCUUUCCUUCUAUCCAGAAGCUUUACCCGUGUCGCGUGUGUAACGGAAUACUGAUGUACCAUAGGCAGGUGGGAACCUUAGGCUGUUAUUUUUCUCCACCUGCCGACUUCUUUCUCUCCAGAAGAAAAUUCAGUUCCUUUUUCUCUGCCCCUCAGUACUUCUUCGUAGCGUCCUUUGUUACUUGUGCAUUAAGUGCACUGCUGCCGAAAGUCAGAUCAGUUUGCCUGGUUUAUCCUGUUGCUCCGUUUUCUUCUUCGUUGACUAUUGUUUAUCUCUUUUCCACCGUGAAAUGGGUUGACGUUUGAUGCCCACGUCCCCAUUCCGAUAACCCAGGCUUUUCCUUAUGAAGUUAGCCCCAGGUCUCACGCUUGAGGUGUUGGAGACAACUGCUGAGAAGAAAACCUCAAUCAGAAAGGCAGAAAGGAGACCUUUCAGUGGAGUAAAACCGCCAGAGCUCCUGGGAUGACUGCAGUGGGUAGGGUCAUGAGUACGGUGCCGAAAAGCGGGCAGGUAGGUUGAGAUCCCCUGCCCACUUUUAAAAGUGUACAGUGUAUAUGAAGUGGAGAGAUCCUUAGAAGUGAGAAGAAAGGGAUCAUGUUGUGGAAAAGGGAAGGGUGACUUCAAAUAUGAAUAUGGUCAAGCAGUGUCAUUUUCAAAUAUUUGUAUUUAUAUAUUAACAACCAUAUAUAAACUAUUCCCUCAAUAUAUAUACACAUAUUCAUUUGCAGAAUCAGAUAAACUUUUUAAAUGUACUUCAGGUUCUUUUUGAAACUACUUGUAGCGACUGUACCUGGUAUUUUUACCUUCCAUGCUCAGUGCACUUUACAAAUAUUGUAACGUACCAGUGAGAUAGGGACUCGUCCUUUCUAAUUUUUUUCAUGAUUCUAUAAAUGUCUUCCUUUCCCUCCCCAAAACUAGGUCACUAAGUUAAGAGACUAGGUCACUAAGUUAAGAGAUCAAGGCAUAGUGAAUAAGAGCACAUACCUGGGAGUCGGAAGGUCGUGGGUUCUAAUCCCGGCUCUGCC